AUGUUGAGAUUCAGUAGAUCGCUGCAUAGCAGCUUUGUGUUGAGAAGAGGUCAAAACUUGACCGAGAAGAUAGUGCAGAAGUAUGCAGUUGGAUUGCCAAAGGACAAGGUUGUGCAUGCUGGGGACUACGUGUCGAUAAAACCGGCACACUGUAUGUCUCACGACAACUCGUGGCCGGUGGCAUUGAAGUUCAUGGGACUUGGUGCCAAAGAGAUCAAGUUUCCGGAGCAAAUCGUAAACACUUUAGACCAUGACAUUCAGAAUAAGGACGAAAAGAACCUGACCAAAUAUAGAAACAUUGAAAACUUCGCCAAGAACCACGGUGUUGCUUUUUAUCCCGCAGGUAGAGGUAUUGGGCAUCAAAUCAUGAUCGAAGAAGGCUAUGCCUUUCCUUUAAACAUGACUGUGGCUUCGGAUUCGCAUUCCAAUACUUAUGGUGGUAUCGGCUCUUUGGGUACUCCGAUUGUGAGGACGGAUGCCGCAGCUAUUUGGGCAACGGGCCAAACGUGGUGGCAGAUUCCACCUGUCGCUCGUGUUGAGUUGGUUGGUGAAUUGCCCUUGGGUGUGUCAGGUAAGGAUAUCAUUGUGGCACUCUGUGGUAUUUUCAAUAACGAUCAGGUUUUGAACCAUGCAAUUGAGUUUACUGGUGAAUCACUGGACAAAUUGCCCAUCGAUUAUAGAUUAACUAUUGCAAAUAUGACUACGGAAUGGGGUGCGCUAUCGGGUCUUUUCCCCGUCGAUAAGACAUUAAUCGACUGGUACAAACAAAAAAGAUUACCAAAAGUUGGUUCAUCACAUCCAAGAAUCAAUGAAUCAACCAUUGCCGAACUAGAAAAAUCUUUGCCAUCUUGGAAAUCAGAUUCUGACGCAGUCUAUGCUAAGAGAUUAACGAUUGAUUUGUCUUCAUUAACCCAUUAUGUUUCCGGUCCUAACAGUGUCAAGGUAUCUAAUACUGUUCAAGACCUUUCAAAUCAGGACAUCAAAGUUGAUAAAGCUUAUUUGGUUUCAUGUACGAAUUCACGUCUUUCUGAUCUAGAAUCUGCUGCAAGCGUUGUAUGCCCAACUGGUGAUAUCAAUAAAAUUAACAAAGUGUCUCCACAUGUCGAAUUCUACGUUGCAGCUGCAUCAUCGGAGGUUCAAAGUGAUGCUAUUGCAUCUGGUGCCUGGGAAAAAUUGAUGAAAGCUGGCUGUAUUGCUUUACCUCCUGGUUGCGGUCCAUGCAUUGGUUUAGGUGCAGGUUUAUUAGAACCAGGUCAGGUUGGAAUUAGUGCAACAAACAGAAAUUUCAAAGGUAGAAUGGGAUCCAAGGACGCUCUUGCCUACUUAGCUUCACCAGCUGUGGUUGCUGCAUCUGCAAUUGCUGGUAAAAUUGCAUCCCCCGCUGAGGUUAUCAAUAUUAAAGAUCCACAAUUCCGUGGUGUGACGUCAACUAUGGAAACGUAUGAAACAACUGAUUCGGCAGUUGAAUCUGCUGGUAGUGUUGAAAUUUUAGAGGGGUUCCCAAGUCAAAUUUCUGGUGAAUUAGUCCUCUGUGAUGCAGACAAUAUCAAUACUGAUGGUAUUUAUCCCGGUAAAUACACCUACCAGGAUGAUGUUCCAAAGGAAACAAUGGCAAAGGUUUGCAUGGAAAACUAUGAUCCAAAUUUUCAACAUAAAGUUAAGAAAGGUGAUGUCAUUAUAAGUGGUUUUAACUUCGGAACUGGCUCUUCCAGAGAACAAGCAGCCACUGCUUUAUUGGCCAAAGGUAUAGACCUAGUAGUUUCUGGAUCAUUCGGUAACAUUUUCUCCAGGAAUUCCAUCAAUAAUGCUUUGCUUACUCUCGAGAUUCCUGCAUUGAUUGAGAAAUUGCGUGCCAAAUACAAGGAUGCUCCAAAGGAACUCACCAGAAGAACAGGCUGGUUCCUCUCUUGGGAUGUUGCAAACCGAAAAGUUGUAGUAACAGAAUCAUCCUUUGAGGGACCUGUCGUCAUGGAACAGACCGUUGGCGAAUUAGGUAAGAAUCUUCAAGAAAUUAUUGUCAAAGGUGGACUUGAAGGCUGGGUCAAGGCACAGCUGUGA